GCACCCACCAGCCAGCGCGGGCGAACCAGUCUCAGCCAGUAGUACCAGCCAGGCGCCGCAGUGAGCUGAAAGACACGGAGCAGAACACACGCUAGAUUACAACCAUGAGGGAAAUCGUGCACAUUCAGACCGGCCAGUGCGGCAACCAGAUUGGCACCAAGUUCUGGGAGAUCAUCAGUGAUGAGCAUGGCAUCCAGCCCACUGGGGAGUACACAUCUGGUGUGGAGAAGGAACUCAUGGAUCUGCAGUUGGAGCGCAUUAAUGUGUACUACAACGAGGGUAACCAGGGCAAGUAUGUGCCUCGCGCCAUCCUUGUUGACCUGGAGCCCGGCACCAUGGAUAGCGUGCGUGCUGGACCACAUGGCCAGCUCUUCAAGCCUGAUAGCUUUGUCUUUGGCCAGAGUGGUGCUGGCAACAAUUGGGCCAAGGGGCACUACACAGAGGGUGCCGAGCUGGUAGAUUCUGUGCUUGAUGUCAUCCGCAAGGAGGCAGAAAAAUGCGACUGCCUGCAGGGCUUCCAGCUGACACACUCACUUGGUGGAGGCACUGGGUCUGGCAUGGGCACUCUCCUAGUUUCCAAGAUUCGUGAGGAGUUUCCCGACAGGAUAAUGGUCACUUUCUCUGUUGUCCCAUCUCCCAAGGUUUCUGACACAGUGGUGGAGCCCUACAAUGCCACUCUCUCCAUUCAUCAACUGGUGGAGAACACUGAUGAGACCUAUUGUAUUGACAAUGAAGCCUUGUAUGACAUCUGCUUCCGUACCCUCAAACUACAGAACCCAACUUAUGGUGACCUGAAUCAUCUGGUUUCUCUCACCAUGUCUGGGGUCACCACCUGCCUGCGAUUCCCUGGCCAACUCAAUGCUGACCUUCGCAAGUUGGCAGUCAAUAUGGUUCCCUUCCCUCGACUGCACUUCUUCAUGCCAGGUUUUGCCCCACUCACAGCCCGUGGCUCCCAGCAGUACCGCGCCCUCACAGUCCCUGAGCUCACACAACAGAUGUUUGAUGCCAAGAACAUGAUGGCUGCCUGUGACCCGAGACACGGACGCUAUCUCACUGUGGCUGCCAUCUUCAGAGGUCGCAUGUCAAUGAGAGAGGUGGAUGACCAAAUGUAUAACAUCCAGAACAAGAACUCCUCCUUCUUUGUGGAAUGGAUCCCUAACAACGUAAAGACUGCUGUGUGUGACAUUCCUCCCCGUGGGCUUAAGAUGUCUUCCACCUUCAUUGGCAACUCCACUGCUAUCCAGGAGCUAUUCAAGAGGGUCAGCGAGCAGUUCACCGCUAUGUUCAGAAGGAAGGCUUUCUUGCAUUGGUACACUGGCGAGGGCAUGGAUGAGAUGGAAUUCACUGAGGCAGAGUCUAACAUGAAUGACUUGGUCAGUGAGUACCAACAGUACCAGGAGGCAACAGCUGAUGAUGAGGCAGAGUUUGAGGAAGAAGGAGGCGAGGUGGAGGGAGAAUAUGAUUAAGGUGCAUGCUUUUUUCUCUUCUCUCCGUUGUGGCUGAUGCCACUUGAGACAGCUUAUCCUGUUCAGUAUUAAUUUAAAAGGGAUGCACCAGGGUGUAUUUCAUUCUGUUUCAGUUAACUACCAUGUAGUUUCUUCUGUCACAUUCCAAGUGUUUUUUUUAUGUAUGGAGUUUGUUUUGUACAAUGAGAUCUGAAUUGGGCUUUCUAUUAAAUUUUCUCAUUUUUA